CUGUUAUUACGCUAACAAUUUCCACCGCUUCCAGUGCAGCAUUUGAACUGCAUUUUGUAGGUGUGCAAACCAGUUCCGCAGUCUAAUAUAAAAAGAAAAUCAAGUCAACAAUAAUAAUAAUAAAAAAAAUCCACAUUAUAUUUCAUAAUAUUCGAUUUGUUCCGGUAGCAUUAUUAUUAUUCUUUUUUUUUUGGACCGUUUGUUUCGAUUUGGACAUAGUGAUUUGUGUUCCUUUUUGUUAGUUGCACACUAUAAUUGACAUCUUUUACUUCUGAUCAAGAAGAGGCACUUAUUUAAGAAAAGGAAAGAUACCAAUCGAAGGUAGAUAUGGAUAAACCGAUCGAGGAGUAUCCUGACAGGAUCGCAGAGUUGUUCAAAGGAAAGACGGUUUUCAUCACUGGAGGAACGGGUUUUAUGGGCAAAGUCUUGGUGGAGAAGUUGCUGAGAUGUUGCACCGAAGUACACAGGAUCUACUUGCUGAUAAGGACGAAGAAAGGGAAGGAUCCGAACGAACGUCUGAAGGACGUCUUCAGCAAUCCCUUGUACGAUACGCUGAAGAAACUGAAAGGGGAGGGAGUUCUGAAGAAGGUUGUGGCUUUGGCUGGAGACGUCGGAGCUUUAGGGCUCGGGCUUUCCGAUGAAGACAGACAGACCAUCAUCAACGAGGUGAACAUCGUUUACCAUUGCGCUGCGACGGUGCGAUUCGAUGAUCCGCUGAAGAAGGCCGUACUGUUGAAUACCAGAGGGACGAAACUGAUGCUCGAGCUGUCGGCGGAGAUUAAGAAUUUGCAGCUGCACGCGCACGUCUCCACCGCGUACUGCCAUCUGCACGAGAGGGUGCUGUUCGAGAAGCCGUAUCCGCCUCCAGCGUGUCCUCAUAAUGUUAUCAAGACUGUUGAAUGGAUGGACGAAGAUGUGGUUGAAUCUAUUACACACAAAAUAUUGGGUGAUAUACCGAAUACUUAUGCGUUUACCAAAGCUUUAGGCGAAGGUCUAGUCAAUGAACAAUUAGAUAAACUCCCUCUGAUUUUACUGCGGCCUUCUGUUGUAAUUCCUAUAUGGAAAGAUCCAUUACCAGGAUGGACGGACAAUAUAAAUGGACCGACAGGUUUACUAAUUGGAGCUGGAAAAGGAGUCAUAAGGACGAUGUACUGCAAUGGAAGCAGCUACGCGGAUUAUCUACCGGUGGACAUCGCCGUAAACGCCGUGCUCUGCGCAUCCAACGACUACGUUUUAUACAAGGAAAGAAACGUGUAUAAUCUAACCAGUUCUGCUGAAUACAAAAUCACAUGGGAAGAGAUCAUAGAUAUAGGCAGAGACGUAAUAAACACAAGAGUUCCAUUGAACGGCGUCGUUUGGUAUCCGGGUGGAUCCAUGAAAAAGAGCCGCAUAAUUCACAACAUCUGCGUACUCUUCUUCCACUUAAUACCAGCCUUAUUCUUGGAUUUGAUCCUCGUGUGUUUGGGUUACAAACCUGUUCUAUGGAAAAUCCACAAGAGGAUUCUGAAGGGCUUCGAGAUGUUCGAGUACUACGCGAACAACCAGUGGGAUUUCAAUAAUGAUUGUUCACUAGCCGCCAGGGAGAAGCUGAAUCCUAGAGAGAAUCAGAUUUACGUCUUGCACGGUGAUGGCAUCAACUACCACGAUUACUUCGCGGAUUGCGUAAGAGCGGCAAGACUUUACAUUCUGAAGGAGAGCGAUGAGUCGAUUCCGGCCGCCAAGCGACACAUGAUGGUUAUGUACAUUGUGGACAAAGUGGUCAAGACGUUGUUCUUCAUGGGUAUCAUCUACCUUCUGUAUACGAAGCUCGUUGGACCAUUGUUGAAUUCGUAGUUUAACUCGUACUCAGUUGUUUCCUUUUCUUUAUUGUUAGAUCGUAGAAGUAUGUUUUUUUUUCUAAUG